AUGCCAGUCGCAGUUCUUCGUUCUGACAUCGAUCCAUUUGCCGAGCUCAUGGCACCCCCCAUCGGAGAAACAGAUGCGGAAAAAUCUCUUCGUCUGCGUCGGGAAGAAGAAGCGCAGAGGAUCAGUAAUGCAAUAGACGAAGAGAUUAACAAGGCAAGGGCUGCGCUAAAGAAAGAGAGGAGUUCGGUCAUAAAAGUUUUACUGCUGGGGCAAUCGGAAAGUGGAAAAUCUACGACCCUGAAAAACUUCCGCAUGGCCUAUGCAAGGGACGAGUGGGAACGAGAAAGAGCGUCAUGGAGGGCUGUCAUCCAAAUGAACCUCAUCCGAUCGAUUGCAAUUAUCCUUGAAGCCCUACAGGCAGAGGCCAAUAAUGAACCCAUACCCUCUUCCGAAUACGAUUCAGUCGUUGAAGAGAGUUACAAACAAAGGCCGUCCACUUCAGAGGUCCUAGUGACACCCCGCCCACCGACACGGCGAAUUCCCGGCAAUCUGUUGGACGAGAAGGAUAAAAUAUUACUGUCCGACAAGCACGAGAACCUCAAACGGCGCUUGGCACCUUUACAACGUGUAGAGUCUGACCUGAAGAGAGUAUUGGGAGCAGGGACGGAGGAGGUCAGAAGCAUGGAUAUGGAGGGAGGAGAUAACGUCGCUUUACCUUCUGUGGAUGGUUCUCAGAUUAUCAGACCUUCAUCGCCACGAAGAGCUGGUCAGGAAGUCUUUGUGCGGCCUUGGUUAUGGAAGGAAGCCCUCCAAACUGGUCUCCAUGGCUCAGCAUACACCAAUGGAGACCGCAUACCCGGUCUCAAUUCCGACUCACGAUACGAGGAGUCGGGCUUGCAACAAGCGUCCCGCGUUAUCGCCAAUUCGAAAGACGACAUGAAGAGCUUGUGGCAAGACGGAACGGUCCGGAAUAUCCUAUUCAAAAGGAACAUCAAUAUUGAGGAGUCAGCAGGAUUUUUCCUUGAAGACCUGGACCGGAUCGCUACACGACAAUACCAGCCCUCUGACGAUGACAUUGUUCGGUGCCGCCUCAGAACGGUAGGCGUUCAGGAGUACCGCAUUUCCUUUGAAUCAACCAAUCGCGCGAUGGGACAAUCAUUGGACUGGAUUCUCUACGACGUCGGCGGGUCUAGAACCGUGCGCCGGGCCUGGAUACCCUACUUUGAGAAUGUCAAUGCGAUCAUAUUCCGUAAGUUCUAUGGGCGGUGUCUCUUCUGGACGAAUCUCAUCAAUUCUUCAUUUCUGUUUCCUAUGCCUUUCAUGUGGCAGUCGCUCCAAUAUCUGCAUUCAAUGAAUACCUUCUUGAAGAUACGACAGUCAACCGUUUACAAGACACCAUUUCUAUUUGGAAGGCCAUAUGCUCCUCAAAACUCCUCCUAA